AUGCCGUACAGAGUGGCAACCGGCUAUAGCGAAAAAGUCACUGACGAUGAUUUGAUAUGGAGAAGACCAAUAGUGAAGGAGGAACUCGAGGAUGCUGACAAUUUCUUAAUAGAUGAGAGUAGCCCAUAUGAUAAAGUCAGGAGUGAGAAACAAGUAUCGCGCUUGGAUUCCAUAGUCAUGCCCAUUGUUUUCACGGUAAUGGGCAUGUUUACUAGAAUGUAUAAGAUUGGCCGUAACAAUCACGUGGUUUGGGAUGAGGCGCAUUUUGGUAAGUUUGGCUCGUAUUAUCUAAGACACGAGUUCUACCAUGACGUCCAUCCGCCUCUGGGAAAGAUGCUUGUUGGGCUCUCUGGCUACUUGGCUGGCUAUAAUGGUUCCUGGGACUUCCCGUCCGGCGAAACCUACCCCGAGUGCAUCGAUUAUGUUAAAAUGAGGUUGUUUCAGGCAAUGUUCUCAUCUCUAUGCGUACCAUUAGCCUAUUUCACAGGGAGGGCCAUCGGAUUUUCCAGGCCGAGUGUCUGGCUAUUUACCAUCCUAGUCAUUUUUGAGAACUCCUAUGCAACAUUAGGUAAAUUCAUUCUUCUAGAUUCAAUGCUGCUUUUCUUUACUGUUUCUUCUUACUUUUGCCUUGUUAAAUUCCAUACCAAGCGAAAGUUACCAUUUACUGUCAAGUGGUGGCUAUGGUUAUGCCUCACCGGGUUGAAUUUGGGUUGCGCAAUAUCUGUGAAAAUGGUCGGUCUUUUCAUCAUUAGUGUGGUGGGUAUUUAUACCGUAGUGGAAUUAUGGAGCCUACUGGGAGAUAGAUCAGUGCCUUGGAAAGUUUACAUCAAUCACUGGUUAGCAAGAAUAUUUGCCCUUAUCGUCAUUCCUGUUUGCGUUUUUUUACUGUGUUUUAAGAUCCAUUUCAGUUUGCUAUCCAACUCGGGUCCAGGCGACUCCACAAUGCCAUCGCUGUUUCAAGCUAGUUUGAAUGGUACAAAAGUGGGUAAGGGACCCCGUGAUGUCGCUUUAGGGUCUUCCAUUAUCUCCAUAAAAAACCAAGCGUUAGGAGGCGCCCUAUUACAUUCCCAUGUUCAACCAUUUCCGGAAGGUUCUGGGCAGCAACAGGUAACCGGCUACGGUUACAGUGAUGCCAACAAUGAAUGGUUUUUCCAAAGGAUUAGAGGGGUUGAGCCCUGGACUGAUGCUGAGAACUCUACGUUUGAGUUUGUCAAGGGUGGUGAAACGUAUAGAUUAAUGCAUCGCCUCACAGGCAAGAAUCUACACACCCAUGAAGUUCCAGCUCCUGUAUCAAAAAGUGAAUAUGAAGUUUCUGCUUAUGGAGACGUUGAUGUUGGUGACAACAAAGAUAACUGGAUUAUAGAAAUCGUAGAACAAGUAGGGAAAGAAGAUCCGAAGCUGUUGCACCCUUUGUCUACGUCUUUCCGCAUAAGGAAUUCUAUGUUGGGCUGCUAUCUGGCACAAUCGGGCAAACGUUUACCAGAAUGGGGAUUUAGGCAAGGAGAAAUGAUCUGCUUAAAACAUGCCUCCAAAAGAGAUAAGAGAACGUGGUGGAAUAUUGAAACACAUGAAAAUGAAGGGCUCCCGGAGGCAGAUGACUUCGUAUAUCCAAAAGCUUCAUUCCUCAGAAAUUUCAUACAAUUGAACUCAGCAAUGAUGGCAACCAACAACGCCUUGGUACCAAACCCUGAAAAAGUUGAUGGCAUAGCUUCGUCUGCUUGGCAAUGGCCGACACUGAACGUCGGUGUGAGAUUAUGCGAAUGGAGUGAAAAAUCAGUAAAAUACUUCUUAUUAGGGUCACCUGCGUCUGUCUGGCCCUCAAGCAUCGCAGUUUGCGCGCUGAUAAUACACGUUAUAUUCUUAAUCCUUAAGUGCCAAAGACAAUGUGUUGUUUUACCGGAACCAGCUGAACGCGAUGAGUUUUUUAUGGCCGCCUUUUAUCCAUUACUUGCAUGGGUUCUGCAUUACUUGCCCUUUGUAAUCAUGUCAAGAGUCGUAUACGCCCACCACUAUCUCCCUACUCUUUUCUUUGCCUUAAUGAUAUUAUCAUACUAUUUUGAUCUAAUUACCAAACGUUGGGCGUCAAGAAAUACUGGAAAAUUACUAAGGUUCAGCGCUUACAUUGCAUAUGGGUCACUUGUAAUCGCUGGGUUUUUUUACUUUUCUCCCUUUAGUUUUGGUAUGGAAGGCCCAAUAGAAGAUUACUCUUACUUAGGAUGGCUACCCACAUGGAAGAUUGCCGAAAAUAUACGCAGCACAUAG